AUGGCUCAAGAAAACACUAAUGAAUCGAUCAGAAUGGUCCUAAUUGGACCACCAGGUGCCGGUAAAGGUACUCAAGCCCCAAACCUUGUCGAAAAGUUCAAAGCGGCUCAUUUGGCUACUGGUGACAUGUUGAGAUCCCAAGUCGCUAAGGGUACUCCAUUGGGUGUUGAAGCCAAGAAGAUCAUGGACAAAGGUGGUUUAGUCUCUGAUGAAAUCAUGGUCAAUAUGAUCAAGGACGAAUUGUUGAACAACGAAGCUUGUAAGAACGGUUUCAUCCUAGAUGGGUUCCCAAGAACUAUCCCACAAGCUGAAAAACUAGAUCAAAUGCUUGCUGAACAAGGAAGACCUUUGGAAAAAGCUGUUGAAUUGAAGGUCGAUGACGAACUAUUGGUCGCUAGAAUCACCGGUAGAUUGGUUCACCCACCUUCCGGUAGAUCUUACCACACACUCUUCAACCCUCCAAAGAAAGAGAUGACUGACGAUAUCACUGGUGAAGCAUUGGUCCAAAGAUCCGACGACAACGCUGAUGCUUUGAAGAAGAGAUUGCAAGCCUACCACGAUCAAACCGAACCUAUUGUUGAUUUUUACAAGAAGACCGGCAUCUGGGCUGGUGUUGAUGCAUCCCAGCCUCCAACCACAGUCUGGCAAUCCAUCCUAAAGGCCUUGGGCAAGAACUAA